AUGCAAUGGCUUAAUGAAAAUAAUGAUAUAUCUAUGGAAUAUCUUCAUACUGCAAUUAAAAAAGAUCAACACACAGGACUUCAACAAACAUCUGAAGGUUGUUUAUUUUCUUCAUCAAUUAUUAAUGUAUUUACACAAUUAAAUCAAAGUCAUGAUACAAUAAAAACUCUUGAUCUUCAUGAUCCAAUUGUUAUAGAAAAAUACAUAAAAUGUUUUUUUCUAACUAUAUCACAAGUUUUACGUGAUUAUGCAAAUGCAAUGCAUCGAAUAUUUGAACAUGCUGAUGAACAAGAUAGAAUAUGUUUAAUAUUAAUGAAUAAUAUUCAACAAUUAAUAUUAAAUUUAGAACAAUUACAGGAAUUAAUGGGUGGUACACAAUUAGAUGAUGAAACUGAAACAAUGCUGAAUGAUUUACAAAAACAAUUAAAUGAUGUUCUUGAUGAAUUAAGUACAACUUUUGUUAAAAAUAUUGAACUAAAAAUAAGACAAUAUAUUGAAGAAUUUUAUAAACAAUUACAACAAAUUAAAGAAGGAAAUACUAGUGAACAACAAAAAGGAGCUGAAACUAUGCUUGUUACAAAACCAUUAUUAGAUUAUCUUGAUCAAAGGUAUUGA